AUGGUUCUCAUAUCGUAUGAUCAUCCCAGAGCAUCAUGUCCAUCAGCCUCUUCAUUGGAUAACCCUUCGGUUGUCCCUCCCCCUCCUGUCGAGGCGGUUAUUCCUCCAGUUCAGCCGGUCGAGGCCAGCCCGUCUGGUUCUCCUCCUCCUAGGAAUUGGAGCUCUCGGCUCCUGUCAUCUCUGAGAACCCUUAAAAGAAUAGGGUCUCCUGCUGUGCACUCCUCAGGCAAUCCGCUCAUUGAAAUCCCGAUUGAAUCGAUCAUGGAGUCGGCGGCGGAAUGGUCGGAAUUCCUUAUGGAUCAGUUCUAUGGGCUCCCCCCGUCAAUGGGUCGCAUCAUUGGUGUGGUAAAUACCAUAUGGGGCAAGAAAGGCCAGCGUAUUAAGGUCCAUGAUGUUGGUAAUGGCACGUUCCUCUUUAAGAUGCCUUCCUCUGAGUAUUGGGAACCCCUGUAUCUUGACCGCGCCACGGGUGCUAAAGAAAACCUGAAAGUUGCUAGAGUAUACGUGGAUGUAAAUCUGCUCGCUCCGCUGCCCUCUCAUCUGGUAGCCACUCUCCCGUCAGGGGAAGAAUGCUUCAUCACAGUUGCUUAUGAUUGGAUCCCGCCGCUCUGUUCGGCCUGUGCAGAAAGGGGUCAUAACUCCCAGCAUUGCCCGAAACACCCUCCAACUGCACGGGAUAAGAGGACCAGCGUCCAUCUUAUUCCGCAGCCAGAGCAGUGCCGAGACCAACCAGGUAGCCACCCCCCCCCACCCCCACCACCACCCCCGCCACCCCCAUCCUCCGCCCUCUCCUCAAAUUCGGGCUCACCCGUCUCUCGGGGUCAUAACUCCCAGCACUACCCGAAACACCCUCCAACUGCACGGGAUAAGAGGACCAGCGUUUUAGUUCACAUCUACCAGUCCUCAGCCCAAGCCGUUACUUGUGGAAUCUUCAUCCCCGAGUCGAAAGCGUCAUUCACUGCUACUUUCAUCUAUGCAAGGAAUACCCCAUCAGAGCGAAAGGAUCUUUGGAAUGAGUUAGUACAUCUGUCUAUGUACCAACCGAUAGUUGCAUCCCCUUGGACAAUAUUGGGUGAUUUCAAUCAGAUAUUGAUGUGCAAUGAGCGCUCUGACUAUCCAAAUUCCCCUCAUCCAUCCCAAGGCCUAACUGACCUUGAGGAGUGUGUAGCUAUUGCUGAGAUCCAUGAUAUCCCGAGUCGAGGAUUGCACUUUACCUGGUGUAACAACCAAAGUCUAGCUCCCCUAUCAGUUAAACUUGACCGUAUGAUGUGCAACCUAAAGUGGCAUGACAUGUUUCAUGAGGCUAUGCAGAUUAUGUUGCCCCGGGUUAUUCACGACACCUGGAACGAGUUACCGUCAGUUGGUACUUACGAAUAUCAACUCUGCAAGCGCCUAAAAAGCCUUAAACACCCGUUGCGGAAGUUAAAUCGAGAGGUUUUCAGCAACCUCUCAAGGCGAGUUCUUAAUGCCCGCGACCAGCUUAAAGAUGUACAUGCUCAUUUGCUGUCAAAUCCAUCAUCCAGCCUUGUCGAGGAAGGGAAAAUCCUGCAUAAGAAGUGGCUACUUCUAUCUGAUGCAGAGGAGCGCCUUUACUGUCAGAAAUCGCGCAUUCAAUGGCUCAAGUUGGGUGACCGUAAUACAAGUUUUUUCCACAAGUCAGCCUCCUCUCGUGUAGGCCGCAAUAGGAUCCAUUAUCUGAUUGAUCAACACGAUCUUGAUAUUUCGAGGAUUCCGACAGCAGGUGAGAUUAAGGUUGUUAUCAUGUCUCUGCCAUCGAAGAAAGCACAUGGGCCGGAUGGUUUCCCAAAGGAGUUCUUCACCUCCUCUUGGGAUAUUGUCGGUAAUGAUAUAAUCAAGGCUGUGGAGGAAUUCUUCAUCAGUGGAAGGCUACUUGGGCAGAUGAAUGCUACUGCGAUUGUACUCGUUCCCAAGAGGCCAGCGGCUGUGUCUCUAACCGAGUUUCGGCCCAUUAGCUGCUGCAAUUUCUCGUACAAGGUGAUAUCGACCAUUCUAGCUCGUAGACUCAAACCCUUGCUUGCGAAGAUUAUUUCCCCGAACCAAACUGCCUUUCAGAAGGGUAGAUUGAUGGUGGAAAACAUACUAAUGGCUGCAGAGCUAGUCAAGGAUUAUAGAUGUAAGAGCUCUCCCCGAAGUGCUAUGCUAAAAUUGGAUAUUCGUAAGGCUUUUGAUACUAUGAAUUGGGAUUUCCUCAUUGGCAUUCUCAGAGCCUUAAAGCUCCCGGACAGAUUUGUGGAUUGGAUUCAGCAGUGUAUCACUACUACUAAGUUUUCUAUUGCUAUUAAUGGAGAGUUGCAUGGCUAUUUCCCUGGAACUCGCGGUCUCCGGCAAGGUGACCCGCUAUCGCCCUACUUAUUCAUUCUUGUGAUGGAAAUAUUUUCGAGGAUGAUUGAUAAGGCAUCUAUGGAGGGGAAAUUUUGGUUGCAUAACAAAUGCCGAAAUCCGCUUAUCACCUAUCUUGCAUUCGAUGAUGAUGUAAUGCUUUUCUCUGAAGGUUCCCCUGAAUCCUUGUCCACCAUUAAAACUCUCAUUGACGAGUUCGGAAACUACUCGGGGUUGCGUAUGAAUACUGAAAAAUCAGAACUCUUCACGGGAGGUAUGCCAGAUAUGGAUGCUCAGGUUCUUUGUUCGAGUCUGUCGAUGCGGGCAUGGACUUUUCCCGUCAGAUACCUUGGGAUCCCGCUCCACACAUCGAAGCUCCUCAUCUCUGACUAUCAGCCCCUUAUUGACAGAAUCAAGUUUAAACUUGCUGGGUGGACAGUGAAGUUUCUUUCCUAUGCGGGUAAAAUCCAACUAGUCUCGUCCGUUAUUUACGGCCUAGUUAACUCGUGGUGUCAGACCUUUCUGCUACCCAAAAAGGUUAUGAAGACUAUCGACAGUCUCUGUGCGGCUUUCAUAUGGAAGUCUUCAACCCAAAGCUCGGCGUCUCAUCGGGUCUCUUGGGCUACUAUAUGUACCCCUAGAAUUGAAGGUGGACUCGGGCUUCGGAAGCUAGAUGAGGUUAACACAGUAUUCAGAUUCAAGCUCAUCUGGAUCAUGUUCAAGUGUUCGGGGUCUCUAUGGGUAGCUUGGCUUCGACUCAAUGCUUUCAAGCACCGAGCUUACAUGGGCUCUCCUCCCUCCAACCGGCUGUCUUGGAACCUUCGUAAGUUAAUCUCGAUGAAAUCUCUUUCACGCAAGUUUAUUCGGCUCCAAAUUAGAAAUGGUAAAGCUGCUUUGUUCUGGUUGGAUGAUUGGACUAGUCUUGGGCCACUCAUUGACUAUGUCGGUGAGCUCGGUCCUCGACUAAUGAGGCUCCCGAAGUUCAGUCGGGUAUGUGAUGCAGCAAGUGACGGCAACUGGAUUCUCCCCGGGGCUAGAUCAGAAAGAAUCCAGCAAAUGUUGACUGCCAUCUCAGCUAUUCAACCUCCUUCUGAAUUGCUGGGAAAUGAUGUGCCCCUCUGGAUUCAUUCUGAAGGAAAGAUUCUGCUUUGUUCAGUGGCAGGCGUUACUCACGCGACUCCCAACAAGGGAUCGGCUCCUCCGGUGGGGAAUCAUAUCCCACUCUUCCUGUGUCCUCUGCAGUUUAUGCAUCUGGCUCUCCUUCGCCGGCAGGUGCUGGCCAUCUCCCCCUCACUCGCUAUCUGA